AUGCCGUCCCUCCACAAGUCCACGACCCUCACGAUAACCGACAAGGACACCCUCUACGCCCUGUUCAUCCGCCGCCACCGCCGCGCAAUCCACCCCGUUUACGCCUUCCUCCCGCGCCUCCGCACCCUCAACAUUGCCCUCCGCGCCGGCGCCCCAGACUUCCUCCACAUCCACGGCCCCGCCCUCUGGCGCGCCCUCGCUCCGGCGUCCCUGCCCGCCCUCCGCCGCAUCUCCCUCUGGCUCGACGGCCACGAACCCAUCCAGCGCCGCCUCCUCCCGCAGUUUCGUGACCUCUGGACCAGGAUCCCCCCUUCCAUCGCCCACAAGCUCUCCGUCUCCCUGCCCGUCGGCCCAGACGGCCUCUGGGCGUGGGACGAGGUCGAAGUCCGGCCCUGGUGCAGCGGUAGCACCGGCAGCAGCGUCGUCCUCCUGCCGGCCUUCACGCCCGAGUUCAAGGUCGUGCUCAGGGGGUGGCAGGCCUUUACGGAGACGAGCGCCGGGUGGAUCUCGAGAGGGGGAGGCGGCCAGGGGCCGGGCGUGCGCAGGGUGUUGGCGCCGGGGAACCCGUUUGAGGAUCUGCGGCUGUAUGGACGGGGGUGGUUUGAUGAGUUUUAUUUCGCGGGGACGCUGUAG